CAAGAUACCGCUACCCAAAUAUGGCGGGAGGUUGGCCGUGAGCCAGCUAUAUGGCUCUGGGAGGUGAAAAUGUGUUGUCCAGUGUAUACUCAGGACCGAUACCUGCUUGGGGCCUGUAUUGUGGCAAAGUGGUAAAAGCAGUGUGAGAUGAACACCAUCACCACCACAGCAUCGGUGCAACACAAACAUAAACAAACGUGGCGGUGUGUGAUCUCUAGAUAGGGUACUGCUUCCCUGAACUAAUAACUGUGGCUGUUUCCUUUAAUGCAAGUGCGAUUAUUGAUAGUGUUUACAAUCAACUCUGGAAAAGGAGUGAAUAAAUGUAAUAAGCACCUGUGGAAAACGAUGAACUGGAGUAAUUAAUUCCCGCGGAACUUGAACAUCUUACGACUGGAAGAGAAAAAUUUACGGAAACAGUUUCAUUACGAGGAAGAUGAGUAAUGCAGCCAGUGAUGAGACAGUGCGCAUUUUUGAAUUGCGUGAUGCACGGUCUGUACCAGAUCCAGUUCAUCCUUAUCCGGAAAGUCUGAGGAACACGCCUCUUAUCAUAGAUAAUGGGUCACAUCACUGCCGGGUUGGAUGGGCAACUGAUAAGGAACCAAGGAUCAUCUUCCGCAACUGUUAUGCUAAGCACAGAAAAGACCGAGGAAAGAAGAUUGCUGCGGAAACAGAAAUACUGGUUGCAAAUGACAUAGUGAACAUCGAGGCAGUCAGAUUCCAGCUCAAGUCUCCUCAUGAUGAGAAUGUUGUGACACACUUUGAGGCACAAGAGACCAUGUUAGACUAUGUCUUCUCCCAUCUCGGAAUCAACACCCCACAGGUUGAUCAUCCAGUCAUCCUCACAGAGGCCUUCUGUAAUCCCAACUACUCCCGGCAAUUGAUGUCAGAGCUGCUGUUUGAGUGUUAUGGAGUGCCCAGUGUAUCUUACUGUGUUGAUGGUCUGCUCAGUUACCACCACAACAACCCUUCGUGCCCAGAUGGUCUCUUGGUCAACAUAGGCAACUGUACAACCCAUGUCAUCCCCAUCCUGAAUGGUUUUGCAGAUUCAGCCCGUUCUCGCAGAAUCAGGAUGGGUGGAUCACACCUUACUAGAUUCCUGUGGCGAUGGCUCCAACUCAGAUUUCCACACCAUCUAAAUGCCAUCACUCUUUCCAGAGCUGAGGAAAUCCUGCACCACCAUAUGUAUAUAGCAGAGGACUAUAUGGAAGAGGUGGCGCACUGGAGUGUGGUGGACCACUAUGAACAGCAUGUGCGCAGGAUUCAGUUGCCUUUUGUGGCAGCACCAGUCAGCACAGUGUCUGUGGAGCAGCAGCGGGAGAGGCGCAAGGAAGCUGCACGCAGACUUGUGGAACUCAAUGCCAAAAAGAGAGAGGAGAAGUUGGUAGAAGAUGAGGCAGAGCUGACAAGACUAGUAGAGCUAGAAGAAGCCAUGGAGGAGUUCACCCCUGAUGAACCAGAGUAUCAGCAUGCUCUGGAGGAGGCACAGGUCACCUCACUUGCAGAUCUUACUAAAAAGAUCUCACUCCUGCAGCACAAAAUUGUCAAGACCCGCCACAAGAUGAUGCAGGCUGCUGCUGCUGCUCCAGAAGAAGAGGAGCCCAAACCCAAAAGAGUUUGUGAAGAUGUGAGUCCCAAGAGAAAAGCUGAUCUUGAGCAGUGGGUAGAAGAAGUUAAGCAGCAGUGGCGAGACAUUCAGGCUCGACGUGCUGCCCGCCGCCACAAGAGGCAGGAGAUGGCGAAGCGCAGGACAGCUGCAUCUCAGGAGAGGAUGCGCAUCAUAUCUCAGUUGGCACGACGUGAGAAAAAAGAUGACAAUUUUGGCAUGCGAGAUGAGGACUGGGAUGUCUACAAGGCCAUCAACAAGGAGGGUGGAGGCUCAGAUAGUGAGGAGGAGAAUGAAAAGCUUCAGGAACUUGAGUCAGCCCUCAGGCAACACAGUCCUGAAUUUUUGGGAGACUCUACAGCAAGCAAACCCACCUCACUUGCUGAGAACUACCAAAUAGAGUUGUCCACCGAGCAGAUCAGGAUUGGUGAGUUGCUGUUUCAGCCAUACAUGUAUGGGCUGGAACAAGGCGGGAUCACAGCUACCAUACAAUAUGUGUUGAGUCUGUUUGAUGCCCCUACUCAGGAGCGUCUGGUGGCCAAUGUGUUCCUCACAGGUGGACCCUCCUCCCUGCCAGGCCUCAAGCCAAGGAUAGAGCGGGAUCUACUUGCCACCAGACCCUUCCAGUCACACUUCUCUGUCACCAUGGCCAAGGAUCCAGUGUUGGACCCCUGGUAUGGAGCACAAGGUUGUAUAGGAAACUUGAUGGACGAGGGAUUGACAAGAGCAGAUUAUUUGGAGCAUGGAGGAGACUGUAUAAAACAUCAUAAAUAUGGUAAUCAGUUCUGGGCAUCAUUAACACCUGUGGCUACUGAGUCAGCGCCAGAAUCAACCGUGCCCAGCAAAGAGACCACUCCUGCUCCAGAGGCUACUCUCCUCAGUAGUGACCCAGCACAAGAGCUUUCUGGUGAUGGCACAUCAAAUUGAGAAUAGCUUUAAUGUAACCCUUUGUCAAGAUACAACAUCUGUAGAAAGACAUUGAGCCUUCAUGUGUAAAAUCAAGGCAGACACUUCCACACACACACACACACACACACACACACACACACACACACACAAAGAAACAUAUAAACAAAGUAACAGGUGUAACUAAUAUCAUUAAGGAUAUGAGUGAGUGAAGAAAUUAUGAAGAUAAGACCAAGAGUUAAAUGUGCAGCAAUAGUGUGGUCACCCUGAAAAGUAUAAAUGGAAAUUGGAAAGAAUACAGAGCAGCAACAAAAAUGGCUCCUAAUAUGAAAUUUAUCAUAUGAAGAAAGAUUGUCCAGGCUGCAGCUCCCAUCUUUAAGAAAUGCAAAGGAAGAGAGGAGACUUAAUUGCAGUGUUCAGAUUAGUGAUGAAGGGAGUGCAACAACUAAAGUAGAGAGGACUUGGCUGUGUAGAACAAAAGGGACACAAGAAGGCAUGGGAGAAAACUGAAGAGAACCACUUGUAAGAGGUAUUAAGCACAGCUUUCUCCAGAGAAGCAAAAAAGUCUGGGAUGAUCUGAUUAAGAGAGCAGUCCAUGCAAGUUGUAUUCAUCUCUUUAAGGAAAAUUGGGUACUAGUAGAGAUGGAGGUGAGACAGUAUGAUCACAACUCCUUUCAUGUAUAUCACACAUACAUACACACAUAGAGUUUAGCAUCAAGAUUAAAAGGAAAGUUGGUUUAGAUACUCAGCAUAAAGGUCUUACAUGAUGCUGCAAGUAGUUUGAAUUGGAUGGAAUAGCAGUCAGUGGCUUGGCAUGAAAUCAUAUCAGAAACUAAGAAUAAGAAGUUGUAUAUCUAUAAUUAAGGCCUAGACAAGUUACUAUAUUAACAGAAGAAUAUGUGUUUAAUAAAGAUUUUAUACAGUUGCUGUACAAUUAUAACUUUGUAAAAAUAUAAAGAAUUGCUUUUAUACACAACUUUACCAGUUUUUUUGUAACUUGUUGCUGGAGCAUUGUACAAGUUUUUCCAAGUUAAAACUCUGACUUGUUUGCCAUCUGAUCCACUGUGCAAGGAAGACAUGACUCAUUACUCUAAACUAAUGUCACAACCAACAUCAAACUCCAACAUAUCUCAUGAAUAAGGGUCUGCAUUGAAAGCAGAACUUGAUUUUUAGUCAGCCACAAAGUUCAUCUGUCAAUUUAUCUACAAGGCCAGGCCAGCAAUCCCUCAGGGUGACCCAAACAAAGCAUCACACACUCAUACAUAUUCACACUCUUAGCCCUGUCAGUCCCCUGUGGAAAGGGAGAGUCUCAUGAACCAAUGUACUACACUCCAGGUACUUAGCCACAGCACAGCUGGCCACAUACUAACAGAGCAAGGCCCAACAGCAUACAGUGGCUUACCCUUGUCCUUUUAUAAUGAGACCAUUCCCUACACUGCAUCUACUCCAAUCUUGAGACCACAGCAGAUGCAAGGUACUCCUGUUUGGUAGGAAGCCAUACUGCCACACUCCCAGGUUUUCUUCUCUUGUUCUCAAUCUACUUUCAAGUAUCCCUUCAUAAAGCUUACAUGCUGUAAUUAAAAGAGAUUCUCAGUAA